AUGUUUCGAAGCCGGAACUUAAUUGCUUUAGCACUGCUUGCUCUAUCCGGAUCAUCCUUAGGUAAACCUGUUGCAAGCGGAUCAUGGGUUGGAGAGACUUGCGUUUGUCCACCUUCCGAUUGUCCCCCAGUUGUCACUUCAUAUACUACCAUCACAGCUACCCCUAUCCAAACUGUUACCGUCAUCAAAACUAUCAGUAAUGAAGUGAUCCCGCCAGCGAAUAUUACUUCCAACCCCAGUGCUACUCCACUAGGCGUCCCGUCUUCACCAAUUAAUGUCUCUGCCAUUAUCCCGAACGAGACCAUCAUCAAGACGACUACCAUCUCAGGCACUGGGCUCGUUGUCACCAGUACUAUCACACCCAGUCAAACUCUGCAUCAAAGUACUAUACCUUGCGAAACAAUUACUCAAACAAUCUCAACCUCGGGAACUAUCGUUGCCAUAACCACCACUAUCACACCUAGUCAGCCUCCUGUUCAGACUGCCACAUCAAUAGUUGGAACUCCAAUAAUGAGAACUGUACCUGGAUCUACUAUUAUGACCACCAUUCCUGACUCCAUCAUCACCUCAACUAUUUCUGGACCGGUUGUUCUUAUCACAAAGACUAUCCCUCCAAGUACUGAAGUCACUUUAGUUCCCUGUGACUCGACCAUUACAGUAACUCAACCUGGGACAGUUCUAAGAACAAUUCGUCCUGUAUCUACGAUAACUCUGACAGAAUCCGGAAUUUUUGUAGCUUCCACAUAUCCACCAUCGACUUUGUGUGUGACAUACACUUCAAACAUCUAUACUACUGUCAUAACGGCCAUCGCAAUCACCAAUACUAUCUCAGCAAGCACAGUAACGAUAACUCAAAGUGGUGAAAUUGUUCAAACUACCAUUCCUGGAUCUACAUCCAUCAUUACAGUCCCAGCAUCCGUUAUAACCUCAAUCGCUGCACCACAACUCAUAACUGCCCCUCUCAUCCCCAUGACAAUCGACUCAACAAUUUCCGACCCUGGACUUGCACCUACCCCCAAACCUCCAUACAAUCAUUGCACAGGUGGUCUCAUUACUCCUGAACCUUCGAUAUCCCCCUCAGAUGGAAUCUGUCCAACACCCAGUCUAGUCUUCUCUACCAUCACGACUACAGAAACUUUCAUUCAAACUUUGACAACGACAAAUACUAUUUCCAUCUCGCUGCCGACAGCUUAUCUUUCCAGUUCUCAAAGUUUCUCUAAUGGUACUUUAUCGACUCCUCUCGAAUCAUCAAUGUCGCAAUCGAGCUCAAUUCCACCAGUUUCGGUUCUAUCCACUUCCUCUACUUCCAUCCUCUCGUCCUCGGCCGUUCUAUCUUUGACACUUAUUCCUUCUUCUUCGCAAAUCGCCAGCGCUUCACUUCCUUCCUCCAGUACUGCACUAUGA